UCAGUCUUCUCUCUGGUAUCUAUGAUUAUUCCAUAACCUGUAAGAACAUGUGGCUUAUGACUUGUGACCGUACGAGCGCAUGGUAAUACAUUUAUCAAAAUGUCUGUGGUAUCGUCAAGAGUUAGCAGUGUUUCAUCUAUAAUAAAAGCUACUGGACUUAGAGCGCAACUCAAACAAUGUAACAGAAUACAAUACCUAAAACUCCCUGAAGAUAUUAAAGGUAUAUUAUGUAAGGCAGGUAGUGAAAGUAAAGAAUAUGAGAAGUUGAUAUAUUCACUUAAAGAAGGAGCUAUAAAGGAUAGUGAUUUAGCAAAAUUUCUAUCUAAGGCAAGACAGUGCAUAUCUUUAUUAGAUACUAGACACGAAUUGUUUGUUCAAAUUAUUCUUCGAAUUCAAUGGACGUCUAAAUCAGCGGAAGUGAUUUCUGUUUACAAGCUCUUCUUGCAAGAUUUAGUGUGCAUGCAAACACUCUAUAUAAAAACUGUAAUAAAUUCUUUGAUUCACUUGUUUAAAUCAGUAGAAGAUAAUAAUGCAGAACAUAAACCUGGAGAAUUUAAAGAUAAAGAUAUAGAAAGGCUAAACCAUAUACAUGACAUAUUACAUAAGAUUUUGGAAGUAAUACCAAUGUCAAGCCAAGUUUUGCUACAAUCUCUAGCAUCACAAUUUCCGUAUAUUGCACAUGGCACUUAUACACAUGAAAUUUAUAUUUAUGCGUUAUUACAAAUAUUAAAUUAUGCACCUCAACUGAGGUCAGACAUUUUAUCCUUAAUCAUUAAUAGGCUGACACUGUUAGAUGUCAAUAUACCUCGUAAAGAAGCAAAAGAUGAUGAGGAAGAUGAUGAGAUGAAUGAUUGUACUGAUGAAACAGUUGACGGUGACAAUCCGACAACAGUAAAUAAUGAUGCAGACAAAAUAAAAACUGCCCCUCUAAUUGUACACACAAUGGACACGUGCAUGGAAUUAUUUCUUAAGUACAUGCACGAGUUCUGCUUUGUAGACAAUGCUCUACAAAUAGAAUCCCUGAAAAUAUUAUACAUCGAUAUUCUUCGAGCAUUUGAAACAAUAAUAUUACCCACGCAUGCCAGUCAAUAUGUGCAAUUUAUCAUGUUCUACAUUUGCAGCUUCAAAGCCAUAGUUGCGGAGACUUUCACAGAUUGGUUAUGGCGUAAAGUAAUCGAUCCAAACGUAGCACCGGUUAUACGGCAAUCGGCUGUUUGUUACAUUGCCAGUUUGCUCGCUACUGCAUCAUUUAUCUCUAAUGGAUUAGUGAAGCAGACAAUGUCCCAAUUGAUAAUAUGGAUACGUAAUUAUAUCAAUAUACAAGAAUAUAAGCAAUAUAUUGACGAUAACAUGAAAUCACAUGUCGUGUUUUAUUCUGUAUGUCAAGCUUUUUUUCAUUUAUUUAUCGCGAGACACAAAGAAUUUGUCAACUCAAAAAAUGGUAUGUUAUUUCUUCAAGAACUUGAUAUACCAAGGAUCGUUACUUGUAGAUUAAAUCCUUUGAAAAUAUGCAUCAGUGAGAUAGUUCACAGUUUUGCCGAUAUUACAAGCACAUAUCAACUUGCCUAUUGUUACACUAUAAUUGAAAACAAUGAACGCAAUCAAUUGCCUAUUUUCGGAAUGAAAACGCACUUGCCUGUUUUAAUUUCUAAUUUUUUCCCCUUUGAGUCUUAUACGUUACAACAUAGUAGACAAAGGAUAGUUUCUCUAUUUCAUAGUAAUGUAGUAGAGAUUGAUAGUCGAUCGAUUAAAAGUAAGGAAUAAAUUAUGCUGUUAUAUAUUCAAAUCAAUAUAU